UCCUGGUGGCCAAGGACCCCCCCUGGCGUCUGGAUGUAGUCCUGAAUGCCUGGAGCGACCUGGGCAGACAGAGAGGGAUGGAUCCAGACCAGGAGAGAGUCCUGAUGGUUUGGGACCAGAGCGAAACCUGCAACAUUUCCCACUGGGUGCCAAGCAGGGUCAUCCUCGCCUGCAACCUGCCAGGAAGCAAGGCGAAUCUGACAGCCAGUGCCCUGACCCGGCGGGUGAGGGCGGCCUUGCAGAACCCCGGAAGACCGUGGCCCGGCUGGACGGUGGCCAGGGGGCUCCCACUGACUGCAGAUUUGGGGGAGACACUUGGUGUUCUACUGUUCAGUCUUCCUGGAAUACCCCUCUUGCAAGGUGGAGAAGGAUCUCCAGUUCCACUGGGCAGUACCAUGAAGCCGGCCACAAAUGGGCACCCUCUUACUACUCUCUACCGCUCCCUUUUGCCACUCCAUGCAAGUUCAUUUGCAUUGCAAGGUGCCAGCUUUGCCGCUCUCCCCUUCACCAGUCCAUCUGAAGACAUCUUUGCUUUUCUCCGCCCUGGCACCUGUUCUGGUAUUUUGGUGGUCCUGAACUUGGGCUCUCAGCCCUGCCGGCUCAACCUGAGCCAACCCGGCUUCCCAAACCAUGCCAAGGUCUUGUUUAGCAGCUGCCCUGAGCCCCAGAGUGAAGUCAAGAUGGAGGAAGUUCAGCUGGCCCCACACCAAGCUCUCUUCCUCAGAGUGCACUCAAGAUAGGGCCAUGAUUGGCUUGCCUUCUGGGAACUUCUCACCAGGCAGCCAAUUGGAUGGCGAAGGAAAGGACAGUCUUAUUGACUACUUUGCUGCUUUUGUGAUUGGCAAGUGUUAGAGAUGCUCUUGUCCUAUUGGCUCUUGUGGACUCUUCAUUCUUCUUACCAUCGUGGUUUAAAAAGUUGAGAGAAGGGAUUACCACUGGUCCUGCGUGGAUAGGGAAGGGGAAGGGAGUGGGGAUAGAGACCAUGGAUUGGGGCCAUCUUUAAUCACAUGCAAAUAUUGGAAUUAGGCUGGCACAAAUGCAGGGAAGGGUUUCAGGCCCUUCAGCAGCCAGAGUUGAGCUGAGUGAUUAAUAUUCUCAAAGAGCCAACUCCCCAGGGCAGAUCCAGCCUCCCCUCCCACAAUACAAACAGAGGAGGCAGGGAGCCACACGGGGCUUCGCUGGCCAGGCCCUAGUCUCACCCACCAGUGCACAGCAUGUGGUUCCUGUGACUGGCUGGACAUGGCUAGGUGUAUACAGCAUAUGGCUAGGUGUAUACAGCCUGCACACCUGGGGCAGGUCUUUAAAUUGCUGCUUGGAGCUCCAGGUUCAAGUUAUGCUGUUGCUGCUGCUGCUGUGUCUAGAGCAACACAAGCACUCCCUUCUUGCCUCCGGGCCAUUUUUUUUUUUAGUUUCCCCACAUUCCAAUUUCUUCCUUCAGCAUCAAAGUACCCCAAGAGAUGGGUUUCAUGACAUUAAUUAAUCUGUGUAGACUUGCUUAUAAUACAUAAUUUGUACCAUAUGUUUUUGUUUUUAUUGGCUUCCUUUGCAUUCCUCCUUGCUCCCUGAUGGAGACCCCAAAGUGGCUAACGGAGCAGCAGUGGCAUAGUGGUUAAGAGCAGGUGCACUCUAAUCUGGAGAACUGCAGUUUGAUUCCCCACUCUG